GACAAUUAACUCGAUAAUUAUGGACCGUAGUUGUCACAGGGGACAUGCAAUUACGAACGUUAAAAGAAGAGAAACAAUUAGUUUAUGCAAGACUGGGACAUUCCGCUGGAGAAUCUAAUAGGAUAUAUGAGCGACAACGCCAACGUUAUAGUUGGACAGCAUAACUCUGUCCUGUCGAGGGUUCAUGAACAGCAACCAAACGUGUACCAUCUGGGCUGUGUCUAUCACAUAGCGAAUACGCGUGUUCAACAUGCUCUGAAGAAGAUGACAAGUGGGGUUGUUGACACCUUUUACUACUUCCUUCACUGUUCCAAGAGAAAGGAAGAGUACCAGGGGUUUGUUGAUUUUGUAGAGCUGGAAGAUCCUGGAAAGCUCCUGAAACCCUGCCCAACUAGAUGGUUAUCCCUUCACAAGUGUGUGAAACGAUCACUGGUGCACUGGCCAGCACUGAAAUCUUACUUUGACAGCCAGCCAGAAGUUGAGAAGAAAGGGUCUUGUGUACAAUGGUGUGCCUUCAAAAUUCAUGAUGAAGUUCUCUACAUGACCUACCUCUUCCUAAAUUACAUCCUAGAACCAAUUAUUGACUUCAACACCACUUUCCAGGCAAAUGAGGCAAUGGUGGGCUAUCUGCAUCCAGAGAUAAAGCGUUUCUUCAAAACCAUGCUCAGCAAGUUUGUCAAGAUAAGGGUCAUUACCAGUGCUACCAAUGUUACUAAGGUGGACUUUAAGAAUCCUGACAACCAGCAUGAUGAUGACAACCUGGCUGUUGGUAUGGGUGUAAGACAGUACCUGAGCUCCAACCCUGACAUUAACUCCAAAGCUGUUGAAACCUUCUUUAAUUGCACAACUCAGUUUAGAGAUUUACUCCAGGUCUGGCAAGUCAGAAGAUGGAAGACGAAUUUCAAGACGUGUUUGGCAGAGGAAAAUGAGCUACCCACAUUUAACUAUGGAAUGACUUCAAUGGACAGCUACUGGCAUGACAUCUACAAAACAACCAAUUCCCACUGGACAGAAACGCUUUCCCAACCUAUGUGUACUGGCAUUCGCCUGCCUUUCCCUACCACACAGUAAUGCAGACACUAAAAGAUUAUUCUCUAGAUUACGGAAAGUUCAAUCACACUAUAGGGGGCAGUUAAAGCAGAAAAUCUAGAAAAUCUAUUGGCUAUAAAAGUGAAUAUGGAUUCCCCGUGCUAUCCCUUUGUGCCAACAGAGAAUAAGUCGAAGAGUGUGAAGAGAGCAUGUGUUGCAUACAAUGAACAGUGCAGGUCAGAUGAGACUUUAAUGUAAUGGAUGUGAAAAGGGACAGAUUGUGACAGGGUUUCAGUGAUAUUACUGAUAUGUAUCAUUAAAUGAUGUUAUUAAUGGUUGUCAUAUUUGUAGGUAUGUUGUGAUUAGGAAGUUAUUGCUAUAUUAUAUAGUAUAUAUGAUGUUCUUAUUAAGAAGUGAUAGACUGUAUGUA